CAGUACUGGCGGCUACCAUCCAUCAUCAGCGUCGGGCGGACAAUCGUAUGCGGGCUACAUGCACCAGCGUCUGCCCGCACAUCAUCCACACGCUCAGUACUCCCAUCACCAAAUGGCAGCUGAGAUGGCAGCGGCGGCCGUCCAGUAUGGACAAAUGGGGAGUGCCGGACCGACGCCGGGUCAUAUGGCCGGACAGCCGCCUUCAGCUGGAGGCCACAUGGGCGGCGGCGGGCAGCCACACCAGCAACAACAGCAACCUCCCGGUCCGGCACAGAUGGGGCAUACGAUGCAAGGGUAUGGCCAACCCCAUCAAACGAUGCAGCAAAUGCAAAGGCAGAUGGAGUUGCCUCCGAGUCAACAGCAGCAGUUUCAGACGAAGCACUCGACGGCUGGGCCGAUGGGCAAUGUGAGUCCCCAGUACCGCGCCACGUUUCCUCAACUAUCACCGCAGAUGUCUCCUCGACCUCAGAUGUCCCCCAGGCCUCCCCCGCCAUCACAGAUGUCCCCAAGACCCGUUAUGUCUCCGGCCAAGCCCAACAUGUCACCACAUCCUUCACCUGCAAUGCAGCAGACCACGCUUAGCCCCAGGCCUGCCAGCAGCUUGACGCCUAAGGUCACUGCUUCUUCGCCAGCGCCACCAUAUUCACAACAGAGUACUUUACAGGCAUUGGAGCAAAUGGUCAUGCCGCCAUCUAGUGGUAGUUCUACCGAAUACCCGCCAUAUCAACCAAGAAGUUCGUUAGGUCCUCCGCAAGGACCGCAAGGCAUGCGGAACCCUAUGACCGAACAGCACUGGCCUCCGAUGCAGCCUACCAGACAACCUACACUCAUGACCUCUAUGAACGGAUCCGUAGGAAUGAUGGAUCAAGCACCUUUGCCACCUACUAGCCAGAACAUCCCAUCUACUCAAACUCUACCGCCUUCUAGCAUUCCUAGUAAUCAAAUGCAACAGCCACCCACUAUGAAUGUAGGAUAUAGCAACGAAGACUUGAGGGGAGAAGUAAGUAAACAGCCUCCUCCGAGCUCCAUGGCUGAGAUGCAGCAAUCUAGGGAAAGGGAAGCAUCAACAACACCUCUAGUAAUCCCCAGCCAAAGCGAGUUUUCUUCAGUCCAGUCUCCUACCACCAGCAUUCCCGACAAGCUGCCGAGUAGUACGACCAACAUGGAGAUGAAUGUACCCACCUCCACACCGUCUGCGUCGUCUCAUCCGCCUACUCCAACUCCUACUUCCACAACAGAUGAUAAUGCUACCAACGUGCACGAUACUAGUCUUCCCUCGAACUCGGACUCUAUUAAACAGAUAGAUGAACUUAGUAACACAAGCUCGACGUCUCAGCAACAGAUUCCUAGCCAAAGCAAUACGUCCCACAACUAUACAGAUUUCAAUUGCGUUUCUAGUAUGACAGGUUACGGCAGUCAGCCCAGUACUCCUAAAAAGAUGGACGAUCUCGUACAAUCCAACGUGUCGAUAUUUAGUCAAGAGAACUCCGUGUCGCAAGAAUCUCUCCCAGAAUCUAACAAGUCUGAUCGCAGCUCUAUACAGUCACCUAAGUUACAGUCGCCGAUAUCUCAUAGGUCCACGCCAGUCCCGUCGAGUGUUUCGAAUACAAUAAGAGAGACUUCCAGUAUUCCUACAUAUGUCAGCCAAAGUGUCACACCACAAUCUCCGCACAACCAAGUUAACCAACAUUCGCCUGUAUCCACGCAAACACACGCGGCCCAGAUAUUACCGAACGUUUCCCAACAUCUCAAUACCAUGCAGAGUCAACAGCAAAAUGUUCCUCAGUUGUAUCAAAAUGUGUCUAGUCCUCAAAGUAGUAACCAAAGUCAACAAGGUGUGAUGAAUGUUGGGCAAAGCCUGAACGCUCAAAGUGCAAUGACUGUGCAAAGUCCUCCAUCGAACAUGAGUUCGACCGCGCCAAACGAAGUUGACAGUAUGUCGAAUCAGAUCAGUAUACCUACAAGUCAAAGUAGUAUAUCAACGAAUCAGGGUAUGUCGAAAAGUCAAGAGAGUAUGCCAUCAAAUCAAAGUAGUGUACAAGCUCAUGGAACUAUGCCCACCAAUCAGGCAAAUAUGCCAAUGAGUCAAAGCAUGCCAUCGGGCCAGGGUGGCAUGCCAAAUAUGGCACCUCAAAGUAUUUCUCCUAUGCCGAGUCAAAAUGUCAACAUACCGACUACUAUGCCCAAUACAAAUAUUUCAGGUAGCCAGAUUAGUAUUCAAAAUCAAAACAGUGUGACUGCUAUACAUAAUCAAAAUAAUCCUUCUCAGGUGAAUGAGCCUCAUGCUGCAACAUCUCCCAGUAUUUCUUCUGCAGUAUCUCAUAGCAUGCCUUCUACUACACCCCAGAGCAUGCCUCCAACGUCACGAGUUAUGUCUUCAACAUCACAAGGGCUGCAAGGGCCUCCUACCUUGCAAGGAAUCUCUCUUAAUUCACAACUUCCCACUUCGCAAGGAGUUCCACAUAUGUCGCAAGGAAUGCCUCCUACAUCUCAGGGAAUAGUUCCCGCAUCCCAGUGUAUGCCUCUCACAUCCCAGAACAUGAGUCCUGCAUCACAAGGAUUACCUCCAUCUCAUAGUAUACCUCCUACGUCGCAGGGGAUACUUUCAACAUCUCAAGCUAUUCCACCGAGUUCACAAGGUAUGCCUCUUGCAUCUCAUAGUAUGACGCCUGGACCUCAAGGAAUGCCACUUGCAGGACAACAAAAUAUGACUCCCACUACUCAGAACCAAAGUAAUAUUGCCAUUAUGAGUCAGAGCCAUCCGACAUCAGAAAUACGCACACAUUCUCCUCAGAUGACAAUAAUACCUUCUCAAAAUAUACCCCAGAAGAUACAGACUCCUCCCAGUCAAUUGCCACCAAUGACACAGAUGCCUCCACAUUCGCAAAAUUUGCCCCCCCAUCAGACAAACAUCUACGAUCAGAAUAGCCAAAUGAUGGCCAGAGGUAUUCCUCACGGCAUGCCGCCCAUGGGACACCCGGGCCUGUCGAUGGGAAUGGGUAUGAUGAACAUGGGUGGCAUGAUUGGGCAGGACAUGCAUAGCUACCAACCUCCCAUCAGUCAUCAACAGGAACGGGCUGCGCUGCAGCAACAGUUACAGGAGUUGUAUUGUAUGCCACCAGCGCCCGAGCAUCAAGAGAAAAUUGCGCGGCUUCAAGAAAGGCUUAACGUGCUGAGCCAACACGAAGCUACCGAACAAUGCAAUGGGGGUCCACAGUGCGUCCUACAGAGUCCGCUGUUCACUUCUCCGAUGAUUGACAGCCCACAGGUAAGCAGCACUACCGGCAGGGGGCGCAAGGGUGCUCAGAAAGGCAGGAAGCCACGCGCCAAAAAGGGCGAAAAGUCUGUUUCACCAAUACACAUGUCUCCAGCUGUGACUACAGUCUUGCCGAUGAAUGUCCAACAACCUCAGCAGUUGCCCGUGUCGGAGGACUUUGUCACGCCUGGUGCCGGUCUCAGCAUCCCCUCUGGUGAGAUGUCCGAGUUCACGGAGCUUGGUGUAACAACCGAAGGAGAAAAGAAAAAAGGAAGGAAACCAAGAGAGCCAAAGAAACCCAAGGAGCCAAAGGAACCCAAGGAACCAAAAGAGCCCAAAGAAAAGAAGGAACGUAAGAAGCGGGAACCCAAAGAACCUCGAGUCAAGAGGAAAUACGUAAGAAAGAAGAAGCCCGGCAGCGGAGGCGAGGAAGCAGCAUCCGAAGAGAGCGUUACAGACGAAUCGAUCAACAAGUCGCUAGACAUCAUGGAUGAUAUUCCAGUGUCCAUUAUCGAGAAACCCCGUCACCCCGUCGAAGAAGCCGAGGCGGAGGCGGCAGAGAACAAGUCACAGUCUGAGCCAGACUCGCGUGAGGAUUCACAACUAGGAAGGGAGACAUCCUCGUCGGAGAGGCCAUUGGAGAUGCAGGCCGACUCGCAGACACCCGCUGAAGGGGCUCCCGAUUCGAAAAAGGACGAGUAUAACUUCGAAGACCAACCCAGCCCAGAAAUGCCCGAGCUGCCUAAGCGUACUAAACGGCCGCGACCUGCAUCCAGCCGUAAACCACUUGGGGUACCAGGCAAGCGGGGCAGGAAGCCGACGGGACGCAAAAAGCGGGGGUCUCUUCCAGAGUCCGAUGGCGAAGGAGAGGACCUCAUAUCCACGCCACCACCCUCGCCCCCUGAGGACAGUGAGAACUCAUCCACGAAGCGACGGUCUGCUAGGAACACUCAAAGGAAAAAAUAUAUCGAUGAUGUCAUGUUGAGGUUUUCCGAUGAUGACACUCCUGCUGCCCCUGCAAGGAGCAGAAAAGCUCCAGUGCCAGCGACUCCUCCUGCCGCAACAGCGCCAUCUCAAGUACAAGCGCAGCAACAAGCGCAACAACUGGCACAGCAGCAAUUUGAACAUGAGCAAAGGGAACAUAUUGAAGAUCAAGACCAGGACAAGGAAGGUGAGACGGGAGAUCAAGAGCCGACCGCGUCCACACAACAACAAGACGAAAACUCUGCGGAUCCCAAGAACCAGAUGAACUACGUUUAUGUCAACACCACUGAGGAAGACUCUAUGGUUGUGCAGCACGUUCUUGCUUCCAGAAUGACCAAACGGCCGAAAAAGUCCAUCAGGCCGAUCGAGGAGAAAAAACCGCCAACAGAAGAAUCAGAAGAUGGAAAGGAGCAGAAAAAAGAGGAUGACCAGGAUGAUAAAGAGGAAGACGGAAAAGUUGACAAAGACAAGGAUGAGUCGGCGCCAGAGAAACCAGAGGAACCCAAGGCCAGCGAAACGAAUGACGAAGAUGACGACGAAAUGGUCGAAGUGGAAGAGUACUUCGUCAAAUACAGGAACUUUUCAUACCUGCAUUGCGAGUGGAAAACUGAAGAUGAACUGUUCAAAGGUGAUAAAAGAAUUGGUAACAAGAUCAAGCGAUUCAAACAGAAGCAAGCCCAACAGAUCAACAUAUUCGAGAAUUUGGAAGAAGAGCCCUUUAAUCCAGAUUACGUGGAGGUCGACAGGGUACUGGAUGUUUCAGAGCAUACUGAUUCGUCAACAGGUGAGCUUGUAAAACACUACUUGGUAAAAUGGCGCGCUCUGCAGUAUGAAGACUGUACCUGGGAGCUGGAGGAGGAUGUGGAUCCAGUGAAGAUAGAACAGUACAUACGCUUCAACAAAAUACCUCCCAAAGAUCAAUGGAAACCGAAGAAACGACCUCCUCCAGACCAGUGGGUGAAACUGGAAAAGUCCCCGAUUUACAAAGGAGGUAACAGUCUAAGAGAGUACCAGCUAGAAGGCUUGAACUGGUUGUUGUUUUCAUGGUACAAUGGCAGAAAUUGUAUUCUGGCUGACGAAAUGGGCCUCGGAAAGACAAUCCAGAGCUUGACCUUCCUGAAUUCUGCAUGGGAAACUGGCAUCCGAGGCCCAUUCUUGGUGAUCGCUCCUUUGUCCACUAUUCCAAAUUGGCAGAGGGAGAUCGAGAGCUGGACAGAUAUGAACGUGAUUGUCUACCAUGGCUCUGCGACUAGCAAGAACAUGAUACAAGAGUACGAGAUGUUCUACAAGAAUGAAAACGGGAGGUUCAUCAAAGACUUGACAAAGUUCAAUGUUCUCAUAACCACAUUCGAGAUUAUAGUGACUGAUUUUGCUGACUUGAGGGGUUUCAACUGGAGAAUCUGCGUUAUAGAUGAAGCCCACCGACUGAAAAAUCGCAACUGUAAGCUCCUGGAGGGCUUGAGACAGUUGAAUUUGGAACAUAGGGUGUUACUUUCUGGCACGCCUCUACAGAAUAACGUGAACGAGUUGUUCUCCCUUUUGAACUUCCUAGAGCCGACGCAGUUCUCCAACUGUGAUGCGUUCCUGCAGGAAUUCGGGGCUUUGAGAACGGAACAAGAAGUGCAGAAAUUACAGUGUCUCUUGAAGCCUAUGAUGCUGAGGAGAUUAAAAGAGGAUGUUGAAAAGUCGCUUGCACCAAAAGAAGAGACUGUUGUGGAAGUUGAGCUGACGAAUAUCCAAAAGAAAUACUACAGAGGAAUUCUUGAGAGGAAUUUUUCUUUUUUGUCUAAAGGGCCAUCUGAAGGAAGCAAUCCCCAUUAACUGUAUUAAAAAUGCAUAGUGGUGCAACUAUUUGAAAUAUCAAUAGAUACCAGGACUACUGUUGUUUUCAAAAACACAGAUGACAUUAUAUUGUAG